UUUUUGCAGUUGUGGUGUCAUGAUAAUAUCCCGAUUUUAUUGUAUACAAAUUUAGUACGUAUUGUUAGAACUUUUAGUUUCAAGAUUCAAAAGAAUGCCCCCGAAACAUCGAAGAUCUUGUCCAAUAGUGGUUGGAACAGUAUCGACACGAUCGACACGAAGGGAGAGUAUUGUCAAUAUUGAGAUUCUCCCAAAAGGUAAUAAGUCAACCAAGAAAUCUAACAAGAAGUCUCCCAUAGAAACAGAUAUUGCAAUGUCGGAAAACAAAAUCGAAGAAAAAGUUAGUAAAAAUAAAGAAAUAUUGGAAAUUUUAAAAGAUUGGUCAGAUGAUGAUAGCAGCCAAGAAAUGCAAAGAUUUUCAACAGAUGAAUCUUCUAAUGUUUUGGAAAUAUUUAAUGAUAAUGACAUUAACAAUUUUUCGUCAGUUGACGAUAAACAAUCACUUAUUGAUAUUUUGGAAGGCAAUCAGUCAAUUGCAAAUGUAAAAAAUCGAUACUUGCAAAGUAAAUCAGAUAACUAUCAUAUCGGGGAUCCUGUUAUUGAAGGAGAAAAUUCUAAUGACCAAGAAGGACUCAUAAUAGAGGAAUGUAUUGUAGAUGAUGAAAGUGUUAUAAUUGAAAUGCCAGAGGGAGAGUUAUUGGUUGAAGAAAUGCAAAGUGGAAUUGAGAAAAAUAAUAUUGCCGAUGAAGAUACAUUAAAGAGUGUGGGAGCCAUCACAGAAAACAAUUUUAUUAAAUCUGUAGAAGCUGUGCAUAAAGAGGUAGAAGUUUUGCCAGUUCCUAAUACUACCAUGGAUACAGAAAUAAUGGAUAUUAGUAAACCUGUAAGUGAAACCAAUAUAGGUGGUUUGACUCCAGAAGAACAAGUUAUUGGAGAUGAAACUGGAACCCAAGUUGCCAGGAGUCCAAUAAUUAUUGAGCCUACAAACUUGGUAGAUGAAUAUAUGGAAGUAAUUGAAGAAACUGUUGUUGAUUAUUCUGAAGACAUAUCAGUCCAAAGUGAUUCCUAUAUUACUGAAGAAGUCACUGAUGAUAAUAAAUCAGCAACGUCAGAUGAAAGUUCUCAGAGUAUGGAAACAGUGGGUGAUGAUGACAAUUCAUCUGAGAAUAUUAGCAUACCAAUUUUAGAAAACAAUCCCACCAUUAUUAAAUUAGAAAACGAAAUUCUCUUAAAGUCUGAACAUAUCGUGUCAGAACCUGUUGUCAUGCAAAUGGAUAGUUCUAAAACAGAAAAUGAUGAAAUUUCAAUGCUAAAUGCCAAUAUCCAAGUUCAAUUGAACAUAUCCAAUGAGAAUAGAGAAAGUAGAAAUGAAACAGUAGAGGUUAAUGGAGCAACAUGCUCAAAUAAAAAUUUAUUGUCUAAGAUGCCAGGAGUUAUAGAACCUGAGAGGUCACCAAUAGAAACAAUUCAGUGCAGUGAAAAUCAAAAUGGUAGUAACUACACCAACACUACCAAAAGUGCCAGCCAUACUCAAAAUGAUGUUUCUGAAGUGAAAGUUGAUAACACUGAAAUGAAAAUGGGGUUGGAUCCUAACCACAUUAAUGAAAGUGUUACUAAAGAUGCAAACACAAAUGACAGUAAUGAGUAUAUGACAGAUACUGUUGGUAAAAGUAUUAUUGUUAAUAAUGAGGAUAAUACUGCAACUAUGGGUGAUAAUGAUACAAAUGAUAAUAUUGAUAUUGGUAAUAAUGAUAAUAGCAGUAAUAGUGAUACUCUACAUGAACAUGUUAAUGGUAGUAAUGAGUAUGUUUCUAGUACUAUGGGUGAAAAUGUGAAAUCAGAUGUUACUGGCAAUGUUGGUGAAAAUAGGAAUAAUAAUAAUACUGAAGACCUCAGUAAGGCCAUGACCACCAAUGCUGAGGUUAAUUUUGAUGCUACUAUUCAAAGUGCAGAGUCUAUAAUCACAGAUAGUAAUAUGGAAAUAGAUGAAAAAUAUGAGAAUAAAAAUGAUGCAAUGAGUGCCGUUUUAGGCGAGCAAUAUAUAAAAAAUGAAACCUUGGAUAGCAGUAUGGAUGUAAAGGAGGAAAUUCCUAAAGGUAAAAAGGCUCCAGUCAAAGGGAAAAAAACAAAUCAAAGUAACACAGACCAGAUUAACAAAAGUCGAUCAAGAAGGAGUGGACGUAAAAAGGACUCACAAUUGACAAAAGCUGCGGAUGAGUCAAUAAUUAUUCUUGAAUCGGAUUCUACAGAAGUACCAAGCACUCCAAAAGUUCAAUCCUCUGUUGAAAAAUUGCAGCAGAAAUCAAACAAAUUCACCAAAAAAUCAAGAGAGUCUAAGCCUGUUGAUGCAAAAAAAGGCAAAAGUAAAAUAUCAUUUGAGGGUAGUGAAAGUUUUGAUGAAGUUAGAAGAUCAAAUAGAAUUAAAUCAAUAAGUAGAAUGAAAAAAAGAUCAACUCAUGGCCUUGUAAAAUCGAAAUCUGAUUCAUUGCUUAGUGAAGGUGACAUUUCAGAUAAUAAUGAAUCGGAAAAAAUGACACCAAUAGCUUCACCUAAAACUUCCGGGAAAGAUAAACCAAAGCUGACUUCUAAAUUGAAGGACAGUUCUAUACAAAGUGAAAACAAAACUAAUCCAGCGGAACAAGUGGAGAUUAAACCGCAGCGAGCGAUUCCAUCCAAAGACGAAGAAAUUAAAGAACGUCUGAAAGGUUUUGUUCAUUUGAAGGAAAACUUUUACAAAACCGACCGACAAGUAUGUAAAGAGGCGAAGGAAAUGGCCUGCGAUUGUUAUUUGGCUGAGCAGGAUAUUCAGAAUGGUGAAUUUGGCUGUGGCGAUGAUUGUCUGAAUAGACUGUUGAUGAUUGAGUGUGGUGAUUUGUGCCAAGUGGGACAGAGAUGCACCAAUAAGAGAUUUCAAAAGGGGCAAUUUGCGCCUGUGGAAGUUUUCAAAACUGAGAAAAAAGGGUUAGGAUUGAGAGCUGCUGCUAAUAUUCCCUAUGGCGAAUUUAUUUUGGAAUAUGUCGGGGAGGUACUAGAUCCAGAUGAAUUUGACAAAAGAGCAGAAGUGUAUUCUGAAGAUAAAAAUAUCCACCACUACUUCAUGUCCUUAAGAGCCGAUGCAAUUAUAGACGCAACCGUGAAAGGAAAUAUUUCACGAUUUAUUAAUCAUUCUUGUGAUCCAAAUGCGGAGACCCAAAAGUGGACGGUCAAUGGGGAGCUUCGAAUUGGCUUUUUCAGUACUCGUACUAUCCUAGCUGGAGAGGAAGUUACAUUUGACUAUAGAUUUCAACGUUAUGGGCGAGAGGCGCAGAAGUGUUAUUGUGAAGCAGCCGCAUGUCGCGGAUGGUUGGGAGAACGACCCGACGAAUCCGAAGAGGAAGAUGAAGACGAGGAAGCGGACAAAGAGGAUAUUAGAAUUGUCGGCGGUGAAAAAGAUGCUGGUAAAGACCUGAAGCGAGACAGUCAUACGAAAAACUUAUUGGUGGCAGGCGAAAAGGAUGCAGAGAAAGAAUCCAAAUUUUCAGAAACUCAUCAAAAUAGGAAAGACGUUGAAUCCCCUUCCAUCGGAAAAUUUGUGACAACCUCAAAACCUGCGAAGAGGAAACCUCGUAAGGAAAUUUUGGAGGACCUAGAUCUAAAUGAAGAAAUAGAGAUGCUGAUUACGACGGGCCUUAAAAAUCAAGCGCACACAUUGAAACUCAGCAGGUUGAUGGUGCGUGCUAAGGAACCAGAGCAGAGGAAGAAACUUUUGCACAUUCUGCGCAGAGGUGAAUUGCCUUGCCGUCGACUGUUCUUGGACUAUCAUGGAUUGAGAUUAAUGCACGGUUAUAUGAUCGACGCUGAACAGCUGGCAAUUGCUGAUAGGAAGUUUGUGUCCGCAAAAUUGGAGCUUCUUCAAACCUUGGCUGUGUUACCAAUCCAAAAUAAAACCAUGUUAAUUGAAAGCAAAGUUCUGCCUGCAGUUGAAAAAAUGAGCAUGUACAAUGUUUCCACUUCAAAGAGGGAAGAAAAGGCUGAUCAUAAGGAAAUUGCAGAUAAGGAAGAGGAAAUAAAAUUUUUGGCAAAAAAAUUGUUGGAGGAAUGGGCAAACUUGAAAGAAAGUUUUCGCAUUCCAAAGAAGGAGAGAAUUGAACAAAUGAAAGAGCACGAGAAGGAAGCCAAUCGUAAAUUUAUGGCGAGCAGCUACUCGCAAGAGCAAGAAUCCUCAAGAAAAAGCGACCACCGGUACAGAACCUGGUCACGAUACAAAAGCGAACGCGAAUCAAGCAGCAAAAAAAGUACUCGUUUGGAGGACAGAGACAAACCUUCCGCGGCUUUUUUAAAAAUCAGCAAACAUGAAAGACGAAAAUUGUUUGCUUUGCAAAUGGAAUUAAAGGAGGAGGAGAGGAGACUAAAACAGCGGGAGAUGUGGAGGCAGCACGAAAUGAAUUGUAUGAUCAUUGGGACAGAUCCAAGGUUUACGGCGCCAUUCGAUCCUAAUAAAGGAUUUCAGUAUAUAUGGAGUCCUAGUAUCGGCCAAUGGCAAGCUUUGCCUGUUUCGACCAGUCAGGGUCAGGGUAUUUUUCCCGCCGCCACCACUCAAAUCCCUGUUCCUGCUAUGAAUGUGCCGCCGCCACAAAGGCCCCCUCUUUUAGCUACCUAUUCUUCGCCUUUGAUAAACAACAUUACGGGACUACCUAGCUCAUCUACACCACUCUCAGGCAUUAAUCUGCCCUCACUGCCGGUGGCUAGUGAUGUCACACAACAAACAAUUCCAACAACUCACCAAGUGUUUUCCGAAAUUAAAAAUGGAGAUGAUGUUGGUGUCGUUAAAUUUGCGGGGCCUAUUCCACCGCCUGUCAAAUUACCAUCAAAAUGGAAGUCAGCAAAGGAUAAGUAUGGACGGCCCUAUUAUUAUCACAUUAAAAUACGAAAAAGUCAAUGGGAGCCUCCCCCAUUAAUACCCGAAAAGAUUGUUGCAUCAUCACCUUCAUCUAGUUCCGACACCAGCUCCCUAUCCUCAGAUUCAAGCUCGGAUUCAGAUACAGAUGGAGAAAUUGACGACACGAAAUUGCUUAAAGAUGUUCGAAAACAAAUGGAUAAAGUAAAGUCUAGCCCUAAGUUGAAUGUAGCAGUUAUUAAACAAGAAGAUAAAUGCUGCAGUCCUAGUCCUGAAAUUAAAGAAGAUUCAGAAGAGGAGUUGAAGGAACAAGAUCUCCUAAGCGAGAGUAUUGACCAGGACAUGCUCUCCUCUAUAGAUAUUAGGUUAAAAGAACAGUUUAACUGGGACAGCGACAGACCUCCCCCAAAGAAAAAGAGAGUUGGGUUGUGUCAAGAAAUUAUAAUUAGUCCAAGAUCAGAAGAAGACCAUCUCCAGUUCAAAGAAGACAUGAAAAGAUACAAAGCAAACAAAGAAAAAUUGAAAAGACAAAAGGACUUGAUAAUGGCAGAGACAAGGAAGAAAUUGAAAUUAAGCUUGAAUGAUGAAGAUCUUUUGAAAAAAGGCAAAGACAAGAAACUGCGUUCAUCCGUUAAAUCUCGCAUUAAGGAAAUAAGCAGUUUCAGUAAUGACGCCAAGAAAAUUAAGGAAAACUUUAGAUCAAAUAUGGCCACAACUGUAGUAGGUGUGUUGAAUGCUUAUAGAAAACCAGACUGUAAAGAAGGCAGAAUCACAAAUACAGAGGAUUUCAAACACCUUGCAAGAAAGUUGACACAUUUUGUAAUGCUUAAAGAGAUGAAGCAUAUAGACAAUAUUGAAGAGUUGACCUGUACUGAUAAUGUAAAAGCAAAGGCUAGGGAAUAUAUUAAAAAAUACAUGGGAAAAUUUGGAGAAACUUAUCUCAAAAAGCAAGAUGAACCAGAUUUCAAGGAUUGACAUUCUAAAAUAUAAUUAGCUAAGGAUGAAUUGAGAGUCGCCCUUGUACUUUGUAUAAUGUAAAUAAAGUUGUAUGGUGUAGUUUUGUUUCCAUAUACGACUCCACACUUGGGAAUAUAUUUUCAUGGUAAUAUUGUAGGUGCUGUAUAAAAAAGGAACUGACUGGAUUUUAUUUUACAAAUUAUAAU